GCCUCACUUUCUUUCUUCUUGAUCCCUAUACCAUCAGUUGUUCAACACUGAUACUUCCUGCUGUUUCCUUACUCUUCCAAUUCACCACACAACCCACCACCGCCAAAAUGCCCGGUGUUGUGAAAGGACCCAGAACCUUGUACGACAAGGUCUUCCAGGACCACAUUGUCAACGAGAGAGAUGACGGCACAAUCUUGCUUUACAUCGAUAGACAUUUGGUCCACGAAGUCACAUCUCCUCAGGCCUUUGAGGGCCUCAGAAAUGCCAACAGACAGGUCAGAAGACCUGACUGCACCCUUGUCACCACCGACCACAAUGUGCCUACGUCAUCAAGGAAAAACUUCAAGAGCGCUGCCACAUUUAUCGAGGAGGAUGAUUCGAGAUUACAAUGCACCACUCUCGAGGACAAUGUGAAGGAGUUCAACCUCACAUACUUCGGUAUGGGAGACAAGAGACAGGGAAUUGUUCACAUCAUUGGCCCUGAGCAGGGCUUCACUCUCCCCGGCACAACAGUCGUCUGUGGUGACAGUCACACCUCGACCCACGGUGCUUUCGGUUCGCUCGCUUUCGGUAUCGGCACCAGUGAGGUGGAGCACGUGCUUGCCACCCAGACCCUCAUCACUCAGCGCAGCAAGAACAUGCGUGUGCAGGUAGAUGGCCAGCUUGCUCCCGGUGUCAGCAGUAAGGACAUUGUUCUUUACGUUAUCGGUCAGAUUGGUACUGCUGGUGGUACCGGCUCUGUCAUCGAGUUCUGCGGUUCCGCCAUUCGCAGCCUUUCAAUGGAGGCCAGAAUGUCCAUCUGCAACAUGUCAAUUGAGGGAGGUGCCAGAGCUGGAAUGAUCGCCCCUGACCAAAUUACCUUCGACUACCUCAAGGGCAAGCCCCUUGCUCCCAAGGUCGACAGCGCCGAGUGGAAGAAGGCCGUUGCAUACUGGUCUUCGUUGAAGACCGAUGAGGGUGCCAAGUUCGACCACGAUAUCUUCAUCGACGCAAAGGACAUCGCCCCUACCGUCUCUUGGGGUACCUCGCCCCAGGAUGUCGUUCCUAUCAACGGCGUUGUUCCCGGUCCCGACGACUUCCAGGACGAGAACAGAAAGAAGGCCUGCAUCAGAGCUCUUGAGUACAUGGGACUCACUGCCGGUACACCCAUGGAGGACGUUGUUUUGGAUAAGGUCUUCAUCGGAUCUUGCACAAAUGCCCGUAUCGAGGAUCUUCGCACCGCCGCUGGUAUUGUCAAGGGCAAGAAGGUCGCUUCCAACAUCAAGCGCGCAAUGGUUGUUCCCGGAUCUGGUCUAGUCAAGCAGCGCGCCGAGUCCGAGGGCCUCGAUCAAAUCUUCAUUGAUGCUGGCUUCGAGUGGAGAGAGGCUGGUUGCUCCAUGUGUCUUGGUAUGAACCCUGACAUUCUUUCCCCCAAGGAGCGCUGCGCCUCCACCUCGAACCGUAACUUCGAGGGCAGGCAAGGUGCUCAGGGUCGCACCCACUUGAUGUCUCCCGCCAUGGCCGCCGCUUGUGCUCUUGCUGGCAAGCUUGCCGACGUUCGCAAGCUCGAUGGUUACCAGCAGGUCACCGGCAAGGCUCCUCGUGAGGUUUCCGCUGAGCCUGAGGUAGCAGCACCCGAGAGUGACGCUGACCUUGAGGAGAUUAUGGACCUCGACGAGACCUCUCAGGGCAACACAGUGUCAAGUGGUGCCCCUACCACCUCGACUGGUAUGCCCAAGUUCACUCAGCUCAAGGGUCUUGCCGCUCCUCUCGAUCGUUCAAACGUUGAUACCGAUGCCAUCAUUCCCAAGCAGUUCUUGAAGACCAUCAAGCGUUCUGGUCUCAGCUCAGCUCUGUUCAACGACUGGCGCUACAACGAAGACAAGAGUGAGAACCCCGACUUCGUCCUCAACCAGAAGCCUUUCCGUGACGCAAAGAUCCUUGUUGUCCAGGGCCCCAACUUUGGUUGUGGUUCCAGCAGAGAACACGCUCCUUGGGCACUUCUCGACUUCGGUAUCCUCUGCAUUAUCGCCCCUUCGUUUGGUGACAUCUUCUUCAACAACUGCUUCAAGAACGGCAUGCUUCCCAUCCGUAUCGGCGACGAAGCUGUCCUCAAGAAGAUUUUCGACGAAGCCAGCACCGGCUCAGACAUCGAAGUUGAUCUCGUUAACCAAGAGAUCAAGAAGGCCGAUGGUACUGUCCUCUCAAAGUUCGAUGUCGAAGAGUUCCGCAAGCACUGUCUUGUCAACGGUCUCGACGACAUCGGCCUCACCAUGCAAAUGGACGAUAAGAUCGUCAAGUUUGAGCGUAGACGUACUGAGGAGACCCCUUGGCUUGACGGCUCUGGCUUCCUCAAGCGUGAUCGCAAGGGUCCCGUCAAGGUCGAAGCCGCACCGGUCCCAAAGACCAACCGUGGUGAGGAGAAGACCGAGCCUCUUGAGUGGUAGAACUUUACGCCAGUACAACGAAUAUCUGUUUCUAUUGGAGUUUACGCGAUUCAUGGGAAAAGCGAUUGGGGGUCUUGAUUAUUCUUCAAUUCUGCUAUUAGUUCGAUAUCACGCGUGGCUGGCGACAUCGCCCACUUUAUGUAUUGAUGUAUAACAUGUCUCUCAAGACAAUCCAUGACUGUAUUACAACAUUUUCUGCCCUUCCAUCAAGUCUGCUCUGAAAUGUUGUGUUGUAAAUUUAUGAAUUGAAA